UUAAACAAAAAUCCAUGAUGAGAAUAAUUUUAGUUUAGCACUAGAUAUCGACAUUGCAAAACAUUAAGAAUUCCGCAAAUUCCCUACAAAAGUUCGUUACGUACAAAUGUCGUACAACGGUUCAUUAUGUUUACAGAGAAAUGUAUCGAGGUAUACAAAUAACAUAACACAAAUAACACGGACCAUGUGAGACGUAUACAACAUAUAAGACGUACAUCCUAAUCUUUAGUAUCUUUGUGCCUCUCUUACGGCUAGACUUAUCAAAAUCGUCAUCAUCAGGAUGGAAAAAUUAGAAGAUAAUUUACGUGUGUUGAAACAAUAUAAUAUAAAUAAAAAUGAAAGUGACGCGGCAGCAUACAAAGGCUUAUUGCUUCUCAAUAAAAUGAAAGUGCUGUUAAAAAGUGACCUAAACCUAUCUAUGACUUAUGUUGCUUUGGAUGUUAAUUCCGGCAAUUAUUCCAAUCCAAAGAAAUUUCCAGGAUUAGCACACUUAUGUCAACAAACGAUAAUUUUGGGAACUCAAAAAUAUCCUGAAUACAAGCAGUUCGAGAGAUUCAUAUUUAAUCAUGGCGGAGAUAUAUCAUUAACGACAACAUCAGAUCAUACCACGUUCUUUUUCCAAAUGAAUAAAACAGAUGAUUCUAUUUUUAAGGAAGCCAUAGACCAAUUUGUUCAAUUUUUCAUAACACCUCUUUGCUAUUGGUUUGAGAAGACAAUAGAAAUGAUUGAUGCAAAUCAAAAAAUAGAAUUAUUAAAUUUCUUGACUUGGUUUCAAUAUUUUGAAAGAUCUAUGGUCAAAUCCUAUCAUCCUUAUUCAAAUAGUACUUUGUGCAACAGUGACAUAUUAAAAAAAAUGUCUCUAAAAGAGAUCAGAAAAAAUGUAUUGAACUUUUUAGACAAAUAUUAUUCUGCCAAUCUUAUGACACUCUACGUCGUUAGUGGUUAUCCAUUGCAUCUGCUUGAAAACAUAAUAGUAGAAGCAUUUUGUCAGAUACGAAACAAGAACGUUACAUUUCGACUAUUUUAUAUGGAUCCAUUUCAAGAUAACUUUUGUACUCGAUGGGAUAUUUAUACAGAUUUUUCUGACAAAUAUUUGAAAUUGUUAUUUCCUUUACCCAGCUGGAAAAGAAAUUGUUGGUUUCAGGCUAUAAAGCUGAUUAGUUAUCUCCUAGAAUCUAAUGAUGCUUAUACACUACGGGAUCAAUUAGAAUGUAUGCAAUUGUCUGACCACAUCCAUACUCACAGACAUUACGAAGCCAGAGGCUUAAGUUUUUUCGAAGUUCUUAUUAAACUGACACCAAAAGCGAUUUUACAUAUCAUGGAAAUAGUAGCAUUAUUUUUUCAGUAUCUUAAUAUGUUCACGCAGAAGUAUCUAACAUCAGAGGAUGGACAAUCACUUUUGAAGGAAAUAUUAAGCAAUGUAAUGAAUGAAACGAACUAUAAGAGUAUAGAAUCUCUGAGAAGUCGUUAUUAUAUCGGCGAUUUCUUAUAAUUGUGUUUAUGUAUAAAGUUUUAUGUUCGCAGAUGUAUGAAUGUAAACUAUUUGAAGAAAAAUUUGGACUUAAAGAAGAAAUGAUAACGAUAGUUAAAAAUAUGCAUGCAUACCCAAUGGAAGAUAUCUUAUUUAAUAAAUACUCUCGAAAAUUUGGAUAUACUAUACGCAUAAUUGAAGACAUAUUAAAUAAUUACAUAUGCCCAAAAACCAUUAGAAUUUAUGUGAUCAUGAAUCAUGAUGAUUCAAAACCUAAGCUUAUGGAAUUUAAAAAUACACCAAAAUGGGAUAAUAUAAAAUACAAGACAUCAAAAAUAGGAAAAGAAUUAAAGAAGUUAUUGAAGGAACAACUUUGCUCAACAUUAAGUUUACCUUGUCUACAUUUUCAAUUACCAAAAAUUCAAAAAA